GUCCUAUUCCACCGCUGCGCUGAGUCUAUCUUGUCAUGACGUUUCAUAUGCAUCAAAUACCCAAAUCGCUUUGCGUGAUCUAAAAAUGGUUCAACUGUGUUGCCACUGGACCUGGAUAAUAGUUUAGGUUUUCCUGUCACCGCAGGCGCACCCACACUUGGUGACUGACAACUUUUUCACACUUCCACUUGCUUCCACAGUCUAGUUCAUUUCAAUACUAUCUUCCUGACCGGAAGUGGUAAUUAAUAUGCAUCGAAUUCAUUCAAGUCGAUCAACAAUGCACCUAAAACUGUUAUACAUCGUGCCCUAAACUCAAUCACAACAAUACAGUGUCAUUAGGAAGUUGGUAGUGCUCAGUGUUCAUUGAGAAUGGAUGAGGGGACCCUGAAUGAUCUCCUAGAGUGUUCCGUCUGCUUAGAAAGACUAGAUACUUCCAGUAAAGUCCUUCCUUGUCAGCAUACUUUCUGUAAAAAGUGUCUAGAGGAAAUAGUGCAGAAACACAAAGAACUAAGAUGUCCAGAGUGUCGUGUUUUGGUCACAAUCCAAGUGGACGAACUGCCACCAAAUGUGUUGCUGAUGAGGAUUCUAGAGGGUAUGAGAAAUGCUGGAAAUAGUAUUCCAAAAAGGGUACAUAGAACUACUAGGAGUCCAAAUCUAAUGCUGGUGCAGCAAAUGCAUCAUACAACCCCAGUGCAUCAGCAACAUAGUACCCCAGAUCACAGAAUUAUCAGUAAUAAGCAGCAGGCUCUGCAUUUUAUACCACAUCAACCCUAUGCUAAAGCGAUGUAUGAUUAUUCUGGGGAUUUGAGCUUCAAAAGAGGAGAUGUCAUCAUUCUGAAAAAAAGAAUUGAUAGCCACUGGUAUCAAGGAGAAUGCAGUGGAAAACAAGGUGUUUUUCCAUUAAGCUAUGUUCAGAUUAUCACCCCUGUGCCCAGUCAUAUACCUCAAUGCAAGGCCCUUUAUGACUUUCGGAUGACCAAUGAUGAAGAGGAAGGGUGUCUUGCUUUUAGCAAGGGUGACAUCAUAAAUGUCAUCAGACGAGUUGACGAAAAUUGGGCAGAGGGAAAAUUGGACGGCCGUAUUGGGAUUUUUCCUUUGGCCUUCGUGGAACUGAACAACUUGGCAAGAUCGUUGAUGAAGUUAUCCUCAAAUGCUCAGCCCGGUCCAUCUAAGGUGGCCCCGCCCACCCCCACAGCAGAGGACAGCUCCCCUUUGAUCCCCACCGACCACACGCUCAACGUGGUGCCUCACCGGCCGCAGGGACCUUCGGUCGGCUCGGAUUCCACCUCGAGCUCGUCGAACACGCCGAACGUGUCUUCGAGCAACAAUUCUUCCUCUUCGAGCACGGGGCCGUCGUCGCCUGCGUCGCCGCCAGCCAGGGGGCACCAGCUGCCUCCCAAGAACGUGCAAUCGCGAACGGACCUCCCCCCGAACGCCGCCAAACACGCCCACCACCCCUCCCCUCGCUCGCCGCAAGCGCCAAACUCCGCCUUCUCGCAGAACCACGCCCAUUCUGCGACGCACGACAAGGAGAAGCGGCACAGCUUCACCGGCCUCAACCCUCCUCCUCCCCCCCACCAUCACGGACCAGGCUCCGCCCACCACCACCGCCACUCGGCGGAGAUCGCGGGAGUGGGCGUGGUCGGAGGAACGGAGCGGGGGCGGGGCAGGGUAGGCGGGGCGGGGCAAGAGGGGCAGCUGCCGGCCACGUACGUGGCGCUGUAUCCGUACAAGCCGCAGAAGGGGGACGAGUUGGAGUUGAAGAAGGGGGGGAUCUACAUGGUGACUGAGAGAUGCCAGGACGGUUGGUACAAGGGCACCUCCAAUCGCACUCAAAAGUGCGGCGUCUUUCCCGGCAACUACGUCUCUCUGGCGCGCGGCCUCCCCAACCAUCCGCCCAAAGACUCCGCCUCCAGCAGCGAUCCGAAGGCCAGAGGCGUGGUCGGCAAGGGUGGCCCCGCCCCGUUCCCCUCCCCUCGGCAGCAGGUGGGCGGAGCGACCGACCCGCCCGAGCUGCCUCCGAGGGCGUCGAGCCCUCGGGAGGAGGGGAUCUCGGCAAGCUGGCACGGGCAGCAAGAGAAGGGGGCGGUGGUGGGGGUGAUGGGCAGGAGCAGUAGCGCCGUUAUGGGCGGGCAGAAAAGCGGCGAUAAGUGUAAGGAACGCAAAGAAAAGGGUACAGUCAGCCUGAUGAGACGUCUCACCAGCAUGAAGCGGUCCAAAUCUCCGCCGGCUGCUUCCUAUUCCAUGGACAACCCGGUGUUCGAGGAUGCGUCAGUGACACCUGUCAAGUCAUCGCCAGCUUUGAAUCAUGUGCAUGUCAGGUCCGGCUCCUGCCCCAGCCAGUUGCUGCAGCUGCAGCCAGUCGACCACCACCGGAUGUUCGGCUCCACCUCGCAGCGGCACAAGCACAAAGAGCGGCCCACCAUUCUCACCCAGAGCUCAAGCUUCCUUUCCAGACCGUCGGAGAGCAAUCCGGCGGGCUCGUCGGGCUCCAGUCCCGACGUCCACCGACACCGCAAGUCCAAUUCGCUCGAUGCCGGCAACCAGAAGGCGAAGACCGGCGUGCAGUCGGUGCGCGAACGCUUCAGAUGCAUCGCGCCCUAUCCGCCCAACAGCGAGUACGAGCUCGAGCUGCAGGUCGACGACAUCAUCUACGUGCACAAGAAGAGGGAAGAUGGCUGGUACAAAGGUACGCAACAGCGCACCGGCAAGACUGGCUUGUUCCCCGCCAGUUUCGUCGAGAGCUAUUGAGGUUAUGUUCGGUUAGGUUAGGUUAUUCACCUUGACCAUUUGUUUGACAGAUGACCUUAGUCCUCAAGGCAGUGAUGUUCCAUACCUCACAAUUUUACUUAAAUAAGUAGUGGGCAACACCUGUCAACUCAAUUUAGUACAAUUCUUCCUGUGUAUAUGUUAUUUCAAUUCCUUAGUAUCUCCUCUUUCUUCACGCUGUGAAUAAUAUUCUGAGAAUGGAAAAUGAAGAGCGAAUUAUCUAUUUUGAUUUUUAAAAUUUUUAUCAUUUUUUUAAUUAAGUGCACUUAUUUUUUAAAACAACAUCCUCGUGAGCUCUAUACCAAAAAACUACCAGUAAAUAUAAUUUUGAAUAGUUUCAUUCAUACUAGGACGAUAAACAACUCCCUCAGAGUAGUCUUCCCCAUUUGAUUCAGUUUAGUACAAUUCUCUUCCUUGGAACAGCACUGCCUGGAGAUCAAACAACCUCACUUAUUAGGUUGUUUGGGUCGGCAUGUUGAACAUGUUGACCAGAAAAGUCGAGUUUGUUUCACCUUCGUAGUCAGACUUUUUGAAUCUUGAAUCCAAUUCAAAAUUUCAUGAGUUUUUCAAGUCCGUAACUUGAUGGAUGAGGAAAAAGUUCAUUAUUUGCGUAUAGGAUUUGAUUUUCUUGGCGAAAAUCGAUUUCGUAACAUGUCAUGUGAUCAGGAGUAUAGCAAAUUGGCAAAAAUACUGAAUAGGCAGCUAGAUAGGUUAUAUGGAGAGAUAUUGAAAAAAGUUAUUCAAAAAAGUUGUAUGGAAUUCGAUUUUAUACACAUAUUUAUAGAGUUAUAAGUUAUAAGCAAUAAUUCUACAACAUUGAAAUUUUUUUAUUCAGUAUCUUGUCUAUUUAAUAAUAUCUCUCUCUUUCUCUCUCUCACCCUCUCUCUCUCUUUCUCUGAAAUGUAACAAUUCUGGAUAAUUUUCUCUUUCUGAGAUUUGCAAAGAGAGAAACCAGAAGCAGGCUAUGUUCUGAUCUCAAAUAAAUAGGGUCCUUCUUGAUGAAAUGAGAAUUCUAUAAUUGAUUAUUGAAAUUGAAUUCAGGAAAUAUAUAUCUAUAUAGAUAAUAGCUUUGGUGUGAUAAUAAUUAUUAAUAUUUAUCUCGGUGUUUUGGUUUAAUCAGUUUUAAUAAUGAAUUGAUGAAUAUCUAUCAUGGAACUAAUAAUGCAUAUAAAUUGGAAUAGGUAUUUUCACAUUUUUGGAAAACCAUAACAUUUUGUACCAGCAAAUUUUCAUAUAGUACAAAUUCGACAUUCAUGAGAUGGAAAUCUCUUGGAUCAAAAUGAAUAAUAGGUAAUUAUUUUGACCAUUUAGGAAUUCAUUUACAAAUAUGUUCUUCCAUUGAAUUUAAUUCAUUUGAUUUGUCACUGCCUGUUAUGAUUCAUGUUGGGCUUUUACAGUAUGAAUAUAUUUAUUUGCCCACCAGUGCCAUGUGAAUUAUGCUUAAAAAAUGCAUUUUUUAUUUGAAAACAUUCUUCUGUGCAUUUAUAAUCACUAAUUUAACCAGUGAACAAUUAAGUCGUUGUGAUAAAAGCAUUACUCAAUAUUAAUUCAUUCAUUACUUUUUCAUUCAGAAUAAGUAUUCAGCUAUCUCUAGUAAUAUUCUUUAUUAUAGUGCAAUCUUUAGUUAACAUAGAUUAAGUAGUAAUUUUAACGUAAAUCAAUUGAUUCACUCUUUUUCUAUGCUUUAAUAUGGCCAAAGUGUACAAAAAAAUGUAAAUAUUCAAGACUAACUUUAUAUCUACUAUUUAAUUGGAACUAGGUGAAUGUAUAGGAUUAAAAUGAUACUACUGUGUUCAUUCAUUGUAUGAUAUUCAAGCUCACUAUUUAUUUAUUUAAUUAUCAGUUAGUUUGCAACUAAUAUACUUUCUCAUUGAGAUCAACUGAUAUAAUAAUUAAGUAUUCAAUUUUCUAGAUUAUUGAAAUUGCUGAAAUAAAAGCUACUUAGAAGACGUCACAUAAAAAUAUACCCAAAAUACCACAAAAAAUCAUGACAUGUAAAUUAUCAUUUCAUUGUGUAAUUGUACAGAUAAUUUUUGGCCACAAAAUUUGUGAUGCUAAGGGAUUUCUUGUUACUGGCAAGUCUUUGAUUUUUUCCAAAAAAUGGCUGCUAAAAAAAUUUGUGGCUGGCUAAAAAUGAUUUGUAGUAAACUGAAAUUUUUCUAAUGAGGGACAGUAAUAUUCAUUGUCUUCUCAAGGUUCCAUGCACAGAAUAUGUAAAAUUAAAAAUUUUCUCCAAACUUAAAAAACUGAAAAUUGUCUCAAUAUUCUGCCAUCUUCAGAAUAGAGCAAUGUCAAUGACGUCAUAUGACGUAAAAUUGUCGGCCAUUGAACAGCUGAUGGGGGGACAGGCAUACACAUUUUCCAUAAGAGUACAUGUAACUUUCUUGCACAUUUCCCACUAAAAUACAAUACCUGGAGCAUUUAUUUAUUGACAUGUAUGUUGAUUCAUUCAUCAUGAAUGCUGUGAGAAAAGUGAAUGAGUCCAAAAAAGAGUUCAAAUUACUGGAUUCACUUGAGUUCAGCUCUAAUAUACCAAAUAUACCUCGUAAUAUACCUCAAUAGAUACUCAUUUUGGAAGAAAAUGAACACAUUCUUCUCGCAUAAUAUCUACAAGUUCAACAAAAUCACCGAUGGGUCAGUAAUAAUAAAAUCAAAAUUCACAUACAACUUUGUAUGUCCCCCGAUCAGCUGAUAAAAACGACGAGUGCGCCAUGUUUUGACGUCAGCUGACAUUGCUCUAUUCUGACAAAUCUGUAAUUACGAUAAUAUUCUGAGUUCUGGAGUAUAACUACAACUAAAUAUAAUAUGUAACCCACAAAACACAAUUUCAAUGAAAAAUGAUAAUUAUAUCAGUUUUUACUCUAAUAAGUUUGAUAAUCAAGUCUGCAAAAUAUAUUUGGAUUUUUUCAUGAGUAAUAACUUUUACAUGCUCUUACCAUGUAUAUUUAGCUUUAAUUUAUCUGAAUUAUAUCAAAAUAACGUGAAUCAAACUUAAGUAACUAAGUAAAUUAUUCUAUGAUCUUAUGAAAUAUUGUUACCCAUUUAUUUAGAUAUUUUACGCGGGUGCCACAUAUUUCAAAAGCAGUUCAUUAUUUAUUUGUGAAAGCAGAGAAAAUAUAAAUUUGGUGUU